UGUGUGCGCCCCACUCGACGCGGUACUAAGUUAAUCUCCCCUAGCCAGACCGUCAUCAUUAGAAGAUCUAGAAAGGCAAUCGUUCCUUCUUAUAGGUCACCUGAGCUCGAGCGCUCAGACUUUCCGUCUUGCUGGGCGCUUCUUGAUAAUGACAUCGUCCAGAACCACUGGCAGUCGUCUAUCUCGUGACUGGCUGGCAGCCCAGAAGAGCCAGAACCCGUGGUCCGACUCCGUUUGUCGGCCAAACGGCUUCCUUUAUCGCUCUAUUAUCUCAUCUCGAAUCACCUGCAUCAAGUUAUUGGCGUGCAGCGUAACUGCUUAUUACCGAUUUAUCGGAUAUAAGCGGCACAGAUCUUUGUCUCUCCUAGGUUCCUUAUCACACCAUGCAAGAAGUCCUAGACUACUUCGACAGUGUUGUAUACAACGACCUUCCGGCCCAUCUCAUAUACGUCCCCGAGAUGAGGCUGAUCAAUCGAGCGGAUAUCUUUGGCAUUGUGCGCCCCCAUGAGGUCAUUCAUAACCAGAUGGUGCUCGUGCUAGACAGCUGGACUGCAAAAGCACGAGCAAAAGCCACGUUGAUGAAGCACCUUAACUAUGCUAUCUUCUCACACCGCUGGCUACGUGAGGGGGAGCCGACAUUUGCAGACAUGCAGACUCCUGCAGCCAAGACGGGACCUGGUUUUGAAAAACUCGCUAGGUUCUGCGAGAAAGCUAAAGAAUACGAUUGUAUCUUCGCUUGGUCUGAUACUUGCUGCAUUGACAAGAGCAGUAGUGCAGACCUAGACGAAGCCAUUCGUUCCAUGUUCAAAUGGUAUCGCAACGCAUUUAUAUGCAUAGUACACCUCGCCACCUCGUCAUCCCUCGACGACUUAUCCGAUGAUCCGUGGUUCACACGAGGAUGGACAUUGCAGGAAUUGCUCGCCCCAGAGCAAAUUAAAUUUUACGGAACAAACUGGAUAUCGCUGACUUCCCACCUCAAUGACAAGGACACAGACGAAGACACCCAUACAUCUAUCAUGCGUGUUGUCUCCAAAGUCACCAGCAUACCCUUCGGACAGUUGAUGAACUUCCAACCCCGGACUCACCAGAUAGCGAUGAAGAUGUCAUGGGCAGCUAUGCGUAGGACGACUCGCAUCGAGGACACUGCUUACAGCUUGAUGGGCAUUUUCGACGUCAGUAUCACGAUCGCAUAUGGAGAACGAGAGCGAGCCUUCUUUAGAUUGCUGCAAGCAGUCGUAGAGGGCAGUCGCCAGGGGACAUGGGAAGUCCUUGCAUGGCUCGGGGAACGGAAUCCCUAUUGCCAUAGCUUGCCCAAGUCGCCGGUUUCCUAUAAGCCGCUUGCAACUUUGCAACGUACUUGGAGUUCAGGGCAGAUUUCACAAUCGGAUAUACCGUGGGCUUUCGCUUGCGGGGAUCCAUCGUUACAGAUCAGCCCUCGAGGCGUAGAGGUCAAUGUGUUACUUGUCGAGUGCACGUCUACUCUAGACGAAUCAAAUCUCCAUCACGUCCUGUCUCCCACUGGUACCGCGGGAGAGAGAGAUGAUUCAUACGACGAGACGGUGGCUAUCCAGAGUGAUUCGGAUAGGCUCGCUCUCGUGGACGAGUUCGCACUUGGAGUUCUCGAUUUCUGGAACGAUGACAUGGAUGAAGGCCUCUUGAAGGCCAAUCAAGAAUAUAUCUGCCUUUUCCUGGGAACAGGGCCAACAAGCACCGCGCUCUUUAAAGUGAGAACGAACAACAUCAUCACGCUCAAGGUUCGGAGGGAUGUCAGAAGCAAACUAACCAAGGUCUGGUUGGCAUAACAGCGUACCCUGUUCUGGUGAGCUCUUUGACCAAUCCUCUGAUGGGACAUAGAAAUGAUUGUAACGUCGGACGCAGUUGUUUUUAACAGGAGACGCGAUAAAUAUCAUCUCCGAGAUGCUCAAGAUGACCACCUUAAUUCUCAAUGACAUGAAGAGACGUGACGAGCCCGCUGGACUAGGGGUUCCAAGGCAGGGACCACGCAUUCGGGGUCUCUGUGGCCCUUUCCAUGGCUUAGUCAGCAUGUAAACUAGGUUCCAGCAUGUUCGUAGCUUAGCUUCAUCAUUACUACUG